GCUGGAUCCAUGGACCCUGGCGAACAUACCAUGGUGGACGGGACGUCGCUCAGGCGCAUCCGUGCCGCCGUCCCCGCCCUCCCGGACGAGCUCGUCCAGUGGGACAUCCUCCUCCGCCUGCCGGCGAAGGAGCUCCUCCGCUGCCGCGCGGUCUGCCGCACCUGGUGCCGCCUCGCCUCCGACGCCGCGUUCCUCCUCGCCCACCACCGUCGCCAGCCGUCGCUCCCGCUGGUCUUCUUCCGCACCACUGACCAUCCCUACACCAACGACGCCAGCGUCGACGCCUUGGACGUGCGGCGAACCCCCGCCGUUCGCCGGCCGGUCCUCGGGUUCGACGACUAUAACAAAUCCCGUCGUAAGUUCACCCUCCACGCCUCCUGCGACGGCCUCCUCCUGCUGUCCCUCUCCAACCACCGCUUCUACCUCUGCAACCCAGCCACGCGCCAGUGGUGCGUGCUCCCGGGUCUGACGGGCGGCAACGUCACCGCCCUGUACCCUCACCGCCCGUCCGGCAAGUACCGCGUGCUCUCCUGGAAGCACCCCAACAACGACAGGUACAGCGUCGACUACUACGUCCUGGCCCUAGGCUCCUGCUCCUCCCAGUCCCAGGGACCAAAGGCCAGGUGCAUCGGGCUGCCGGUGGCUUCGCCGUCCAUGAAGAAGAAGAACAGCCCAGACCGCUGGCUGAUCCAUGCCUGCGAGCACCCGCCCGUACUGCUACGUGACUGCCUGCACUGGUACGCGGGCGAUGUCCUGGACAGCAAGAUUGUAGUUUUUGACACGGUGGCCGAGUCAUUCCGGUGGAUGCAAACUCCCAAAGCCACCAGCUCAGCAGCACAUCUGCUUCAGAUGGAUGGCGCGCACGCUUGGCAUUGGGCGUGUGGACUGUUUUACAAGGUCCGCACAAGUGUUGGUGCUGCAGGACUAUGA